UACUCUAAUCAAAGCAAUAAACCAGACCAGUUUAGAAGCAAGACAUGUGCAGACACAAAACAUCUGCGCCUCUAAGGCUUUCACACCACAGGAUGACGUCUCUCUCAAUCCACACAACCGGAAACUCCCUCAAACUCAUCCUACCGUACUCACUCCAUUCUCACCGCUCAGCUCAACUUUCUUUCAAGUCCCUUUGCUCUUCUGCUUCCCGCUACCUCACCAAAACCAACAGAGCCGCUCACUCGCGGCGCAGCACUACCCGUCACCCUCCGCCAUCCGGAUCUCCCAGAACCCGCAGAGACAACUACCAAAAACACACCACUACCGUUGAACGCGAUAGCGGUCCAUUGCCUCCGGACGCCAAUAGUCCGCCGGAAGUCAAAAUCGACCUGAUUGGGUUGUGUAAUGAAGGAAAGAUCGAAGAAGCGAUUGGAUACAUUUCACGAGGCUCGCGUCCCAGUUUUCGUGUUUUCGAGUUGAUUUUGGAUUUCUGCACGAAUUCGGGUUCCUUUGAGCUAGGGAAAAGGGUUCAUGAGCUUCUGGUGCAGUCUGAUUACAGUAGCAAUCUCGAAUUGAGUGGGAGACUGGUUGAGGUGCAUGUGAAGAGCCGGGACAUGGUGAAUGCGCGAAAGGUGUUUGAUAGAAUGACCCAACGAAAGUUGGACCUUUGGAAUCUUAUGAUAACUGGGUAUGCGGAAAACGGUGAAGGGGAAAAGGGGCUGCUUCUUUUCGGGCAAAUGAGGAAACUUGAGCCCAACAAACCCACUGGAGAGACAUUCGUGGCAUUAUUUUCUGCUUGUGCGAGUGCGGGAGCCGUACAGGAAGGUUUGUUCUACUUCGAGUUGAUGAAGAAGGGGUUUGGCAUUGUCCCAGGAAUUGAGCAUUAUUUAGGCGUUCUUGAUAUUUUGGGGAAAGCCGGCCAUCUGCCCGAAGCUAUGGAGUUUGUAGAGAACAUUCCCAUAAACCCUACCAUUGAAGUGUGGGAAGCGAUUCUGAAUUUCGCUCGGAUACACGGAGAUAUGGAGCUUGAAGAUCGAGCCGAGGAGAUACUAAUAGGAUUAGAUCCCUCAAGGACUAUAAUAGAUAUGGUCCCUGUUCCAUUGCAAAAGAGACACUCCGAGCUCAACAUGCUUGAAGACAAUAGACGAAUUUUUGCUUUCAAGAAUCCAAGUGCAUACAAGGAAGAGUCAUAUAAUAAGAGUGGGCAACUCAGAGAUUCACUGUAUGUACCAGACACAAGAUAUGUGCUGCAUGACAUUGAUGAGGAGGCCAAGGAGAAGGCUCUGAUGUAUCACAGUGAGCGUUUGGCGAUUGCAUAUGGUCUAAUUAAAACUCCUGCAAGGACAACUCUUAGAAUCAUGAAGAACCUUAGGAUAUGUGGUGACUGCCACAACGCGAUAAAGGUUAUGUCUAAGCUUGUGGGCAGAGAGCUGAUAGUCAGGGACACCAAGCGCUUUCAUCAUUUCAGAGAUGGUAAAUGCUCUUGUAAUGACUUCUGGUGAAAAAAUGGCAUCUGGAGAUUUUGCCUGAGAGUGAUCUAAAACCAAAAUGUGUAUAGUGUGAACCCAUUGCUGUUGUCUGUUGAUAUUUUGUGUUCUUCUGGAGAUGACUAACGUAUUGAAUUGGGUUUCUAGAAAUUUGUUUAUACUGAAAUCCAACCUUUUCAGACUAUCUUGAUGUCCAGAUUUUUUAUGGAAUGAAAGACACCCCUAUACGUAAAAGAGAGCAACAACGGUCAGCACAAUUUUCUAGUAAACCACGGCUGCUCCAUACCACCUCAUUGUCAAACCAAGUCCGGCCGGUUCUGGGUGACUGGGUCCUUGGGGAUGGUGCAUCCUUUUCUAGUAACUAUGGCAAGUAGUAUGAGGCCAUAGCUUAGCCUCUAUGAAGGCCUAAUUCAAAUUGUCAUCAUCAAACAAAGAUUUCACUGACAAUAAAAUUAAUUUCAUCUGAAUGGAUAUUUUGUUAACAUAUUGACUUGAUAAAAUACUAGUAAAAAAUGUCAUAUCGACUAGUAAUAAAAAUAUCUUCAUGGUUGUGAACUUGUGAUUGAACAAAAAAUAUCAUCUCGACUCGUGAUCUAGGAGACGAAUUAACAUGAAUAUGGGGAUUGAAAAAAAUGAUCUCGACUUCUAAUAAAAAUGCCAUCUUUAUUGUCAAUGUCUCAAAAGAGUCGUCUCGAUUGUAGUACGCGAGUUAAC